AUGAAAGGUUUUAUUGUUUUAUGCUUGGUUGUUUCAUGUUUAGCUAACCAAUGCAAAUGUGAAUUAGUAGAAGAGGAUGGAACAAAAAGUGAGUCUUAUAAAUGUAAUAGAGUUGAAGAUUUUAGUGCAAGUGAAUGUAUUAUCUUUACUUCUCUUGAAAGUGUUGUUGGAUUACCUAACAAUGUAAAAGAAUUAGUUAUUAGUGUUGAUGAAAUUUCAAUUCAAUUAACAGAAAGUUGUCAUAUUGAAAAGUUAUUAUUUGAAGACUUUAGUACAGAGGCUAUCUUUAAAGGUGAUGGAUAUCUUAGUAUUGAUGUAAUUACUUCAGAAAAUCCAGUAUUAAUAUCUACUUCAAUUUCAAUGGAUAUAACAAACUCUGAUAAUACCAUAACAAUUAAAGAAUUAACUAUGUUAUCAAAUGGUUAUCUUUCUAUCAAAGGAAAUUAUGAGAUACAAUUACUUAUUAUAAAAGCAACAGAAUUUAUUAUUUAUGUUGAAAAGAAAGGUACAAUCAAAACUCUUGACACAAAACAACUAGAUCUUUCUGAUCAAAAUAUUGAUAUUUGUUUAAUAAAGUCAUUAACACAUGAAUUUCCUGAAUUACAACUUCCAGUUAAUUUAAAAGGAUUUGAACUUAAAAAGUGUUGUGCAGAAAAUGAGAUUCACUUAAAGAAAGAAGAUGCUCAAGUUCGAUGUACUAUUAUUAUGUGUUCAUUAGGAAAGGUAUUAGAACCAAGUAACUGUUUUGAGAUACAAGAGAAAAGUCAAGAAGAUAUACCUAUUUCUAUUACUCUUACACAGGAAUAUGAUAUUAACAAAAUUAAGAAUAAAAAGAUUUAUCAAUUAGUUAUACCAGAAGAACUUCAUACUGAAAUUGAUGGAAGUUUAUUUGAAGCAGAAGAAAUUAUAGUACAAGGAGAAAGUACACUAAAAGGAAAAUUUAAUAGUAUUGUUGCUAAUUCAGUAGAACUUGUUUCGGCUGAAGUUAAUAAACUUAAUAUUAUUGGUAAAGUAACUUUUGAUAAUGUUAAACUUACAGGAUUUAUUGACUUAACUGAUUCACAAGUAAUAAUUAAUGGAGUAACAACAUUUGAGCGUGCACAAAUUAUUGCAUCAUCUGUUAAUAUUUUUUUAAAUAAUAAAGGAAGUAUUUUUAUGGAUGAUAGUAAAAUGAUGUUAUCAUCUGGUGUUAUUUAUGGUAGUUAUGAAAGUACAUUUAAAGAAUGGAUUAUUACUAAUUCUAAAGUUGAAAUAGAAGGAGUUGUUGAUAUUAAUUUUGAUGGUGGACAUGAUGACCUUUGUAAACAAAUUAUUCACUUAUCAAGUUCUGAUAUUUCUUUUUCAAUAACAUCACAUGGUAAUUCAAAAUCAUCAUUAGUAUUAGAUACUUCUAAAACAGGAUUAUAUGCUUGUUAUGAAUAUAAUAAUAAACCAAUUUAUACUUUAGAAAAUUGUAAAACAAAUAAAAAUCAAUUAAUAUUACCUGAUGACACUACUUGUACUUGUGAUUCAUUAUAUUGUAACUAUAUUGUUGAAGGUAAAUCUAUUCAAAUUACUGAAGAUAUAGGUGGAAUAGAAGGUAGUGAUUUAACAAUUAAGGCUAAUGGAAUAAGUAUUGAUCAAUUGGUUUGUUUUGGAGAAUGUACAUUAGUUGGAGAUUUUGUUGUUAGAAAUAUUAAACAACAAUCAGGAUCAUUAAAUAUUAAAGGUCAAAUAUUAAUUAAUACAAUUAAUGUUCUAGAAGGGUCUACAAUAAUUAAAGUAUAUCCAUUAGCAAUUUUAACAUUAGAAACACAAGUCAUUGAAAAUACUAAAAUUUUUGUCCAAAAUAGAGGAUCAUUAGAAUUAACUACAAAUAAUUUAAAACAUUCAUUAAUCGAAAUUGAAGAAACUGGAUUAGCUGUUGUCUAUGAUUCAAAUCUUAUUAUUUCUUCAUCAGUUAUUUCUUUAUCUAAUGUUAAUCAUAAUGCUUUUGCAUUAGGUCCAGGAAAAGGAUUAGGAACUGAUUUCAGACCAACAAGUUCUACUAUUUCAUUUUCUCAAGACUCAUUAAUUGUUAUUAGAGGAGAAGUAACUGAUGAAGCUUAUUUAGUUUAUGGACCUAAAGGAAGUAUUCUUAAUGUACCACAAGUUAAAUACGUUAUUAAUGAACAACUGUUUGAUAUUAAAUCCCGUAUUAAAUGUGGAACUUAUAUCGUUGCUAAUGCAUUUAAAGAUGAUGUUGUAUGUCCCAAACAACCAUUUAAUUUGAGAGGAGUUAAUGUAGUAUUGGUACCAAAAAAAUGGAAUAGAAACCAAUCAUAUUUAAUGAUGUUGAUGUUUUCUUUUAUAGGAACAUCAGGGUUAUUAGUAGUAUUAUUUAUUAUCUAUUCACUAAUUAAAGCCUCUCAUAUUGGUAAUUUGAAAAUAAACUAA